UGCCCUAGAGCAGGGGUUUCAAACUGGUGGCCCUCCAACUGUUGCAAAACUACACGUCCCAUCAUGCCACUGCCUUUGGGAGUCAUGCUGGUAACUGUCAGUCUUUCAAUGCCUCAUGAGACUUGUAAUUUGAGCAGGAGUUUCAAACUGGUGGCCCUCCAACUGUUGCAAAACUACAACGUCCCAUCAUGCCUCUGCCUUUGGGAGUCAUGCUGGUAACUGUCAGUCAUUCAAUGCCUCAUGGGACUUGUAAUUUGAGCAAGGGUGUCAAAUUGGUGGUCCUCCAGCUGUUGGGAAACUACAAGUCCCAUCAUGCCUCUGCCUUUGGGAGUC